UGAGCAGCUGCCGCUUCAGGAGACGCAGCGUCCCGCUUUGCGCCAGGUGCGCUCUGAGGAUUCUACUAGUCCUCCACAGGGGGGCGGGGCGGGGGGGGUCCGUCUGAAGAGACGCAGCAGCAGGCUGAGCCCUCGUCUCUGGCUCAGCUCCUGACAGAGAGCUGCCUGGAGGCCGCAGCGCCGCAGAGAGAUGAGACGCUCGGAGGCCGCCUCCUCUUCCUCGCGACUCCAGGUCUACGCGUCGCUCAAAGGCCAGGCCGAGGACUCCGCGGGGGGCCACGGUGACCCCCAGUCCCCCGACCUGUCGGCCUUCCUCAGCCAGGAGGAGCUGCACCAGAGCGUGAACCUGGCCCGCCUGGCCAUCGGACAUGGGGAGAGGUCAGAGGUCACCCCGAUAACCGCCUCCGGCCUCUCCUCUUCCUCUGAACGCCCUGCUGCCGGCCCCCCCGCUGUGGCCCUCAGCCAGCCGGCCUCUGACCUCAGAGCACCCGCAGCGACGAUCUCAUCGGACAGAAAGACGCUCAAAGCUCCCGCGAGCAGCGCCCCCUACGGGCCGGAGAGGAGCGCCCCCUACGGGCCGGAGAGCAGCGCCCCCUACGGGCCGGAGAGCAGCGCCCCCUACGGGCCGGAGAGCAGCGCCCUCUACGGGCCGGAGAGCAGCGCCCCCUACGGGCCGGAGAGCAGCGCCCCCUACGGGCCGGAGAGGAGCGCCCUCUACGGGCCGGAGAGCAGCGCCCCCUACGGGCCGGAGACCCAGUCCAAGAAGGAGUUCCUCAACAAGGCGGCGGACUUCAUCGAGGAGCUCUCCUCGCUCUUCAAGGCCAACAGCUCCAAGCGGGCGCGGCCGAGGUCGGGCAAACCCCCCCGGACCAGGACCCCCAACAAGACCCUCGGCGAUGGGGUUUGCCCCCCCGGCCCCGAGGACAGGGAGCGCUCCGUCAGGCCCCUGGAGGUGGAGGAGAGGCCCGGCCCCGCGGCGAGCCUCCCUCCAGAGGCCCAGCUGGACUCUGGAGGCCGCGUGGACUUUCAGGGCUGCAGGAUUACGGAGGACCGUGUUCCCCGGCAGGAGGAGGAGGAGGCGGGGGGGAGGCCGAGCCCAGCGAAGCCGGCCUGUGAGCCUCCGCUCUUCAUCCAGAAGCUGAAGAGCAGGGAGGUCCUGGAGGGCAGCAAGGUCCAGCUGGACUGCGUCGUCAGGGGCGUCCCGGCGCCGGAGGUCCGGUGGUUCUGCGAGGGCAAGCAGCUGGAGAACAGCCCUGACCUCCAGGUGCUGGCGGCCGGCGCGCUGCAGACCCUUGUCAUCGCCGAGGCCUUCGAGGAAGACACCGGGCGCUACUGCUGCUUCGCCUCCAACGUCUACGGCACGGACUCCACGUCGGCCGAGAUCUACGUGGAAGGCGCCUCCUCUUCGGACUCCGAGGGCGAGCGGCUCCGUGAGGACGCGGCCGAGCCGCAGGAGAGGUCCGCCCCCCCGACCCCGACUCCCUGUGCAGAGGAGGACGAGCCGGCGCCAUCCCGCCCCGCCGAGGAGCCGGAGCAGCGGACCUCCUUUCCCACGGACGCAGAAGCUCCUCCCCCCGCGGUCGGGACAUCGGCCCCCGUACUUCCGCCGGUGGCCUCCGGGGGUCCGGCUGCUCCGGGGGCCACGGUGCCGCCUCUGCAGGUGUUUGCCGCUUUGCUUCCUGGCCGUCCAGAACUUCCAGAAGCGCGAGAGGCGCCGCCGUCCGACCCGGCGCCACCGGCCCGGUCCGAGACCUCCAGCUGCGCCCCCCCUCACGGGGCCACCGGGCCCGUCGUGGCGGCCCCGGUGUUCACCAAGAGCCUGCAGGACGUCCUUGCGGCAGAAGGCCAGCUGGUGGUGCUAGAGUGCCACGUGAAAGGGGCCCCGGCCCCCCGGGUGGACUGGUCCAGGGAGGGGGAGACCAUCCAGGACUCCCCGGACUCCAGGAUCCUGCAGAACAAGGGGAUCUGCACCCUGGUGGUGGCGGAGGUCUUCCCCGAGGACUCUGGGACGUUUACGUGCACGGCGAGCAACGCGUACGGAACGGCGUCCAGCGCCGCGGCGCUCCGGGUCAAAGGCAGCCGCGAGACGCCGCUCGGCGCUGUGACGGAGAACCCGGUCCCGGGGCCGCCGUCAGCUCCCACCGGGAACCCUCAACCAGAGGCCUCCAGAACCCAGUCCAGCACCACCCGCCUGGACCCGCUGGUCUCCAGCACCUUACGUCUGGACCCCUUGAGCACCAGCACCCUCCAUCUGGACCCCCAUGGGUCCAGCAUGCUGCGUCCGGACCCCUUCCGCACCAGUCUACACGGUCUAGAACCCUCCAGCACCAGAACCCCAAACCUAGAUCCUCUCUGCCUCCACCAGAACCCUCUUGGAUCCAGUGGUCCAGAACCACAGGUGCUCUCCGACCCAAACCCCGCGUUCCCCCCCGCGAUGACAUCGCUGGACACGAGCCCCAAAGUCAAGAGGACCCCGGACCCCCAGAACGGGAGCCUCAUGGUGGUCCCCCUCCCCCCUCCUAACUCCUGCCUGAAGACCGGGGCCCAGACCACCCACAGGGCCUCCCGGGUCGGCUCCCGGGUCGGCCUGCGUGUGCACUUCAAGCUGCCCGAAGACGAGGAGGAAGAGCAAAGUGACGAGCUCCUCAAAGGACCUCCGGCGGUUCUGGCUAAACCCAAACUGGACCCGGUCCAGCUCCAGCUCCUGCACCACCAGGUCCUCAUGGAGCAGCUGCAGGAGACCGAACCCCCGACCCAGACUCAGACUCAGACCCAGACCCCGACCCAGACCCCGACCCAGACUCAGACCCCGACCCAGACUCAGACGCAGACCCCGACCCAGACCCCGACCCAGACUCAGACUCAGACUCAGACCCAGACCCCGACCCAGACCCCGACCCAGACCCAGACCCCGACCCAGACCCAGCCUCAGACCCCGACCCAGACCCAGACUCAGACCCCGACCCAGACUCAGCCUCAGACCCCGACCCAGACUCAGACCCAGACCCAGACCCCGACCCAGACUCAGCCUCAGACCCAGACUCAGACCCAGACCCCGACCCAGACCCAGACUCAGACCCCGACCCAGACCCAGACUCAGACCCCGACCCAGACCCAGACUCAGACCCCGACCCAGACUCAGCCUCAGACCCCGACCCAGACCCAGACCCACAGCCAGUUACAGAUCCAGAUCCAGCCUGAGGUCCAAGGCUCCAACGAAGGUCCCCUGUGGCCCCCCCGGGUCCAGUGUGAGCCCCGUCCAGCACUCAACGUCUAUUUUCCUCUUCUCCCCUCUUCCGCUCUGAGUCCUCCUUCGGUUCCUAAUCUGAAGACCCCGCCCCCGUUGACCUCUCCUCCUCCUCCCGCCCCCCCCUUCAGUCUGGCCCCUGCCCUCCAGGUGAACUCCCUCCAUGCCUCCCACCUCAACUUCUCCCCUGCAGCUCUGGCCAGAACUGCCCCUCCCCCCCAGCUCAGCGUGGCCCCCACUGGGCCCCCCCCGGCCUCCCAGCAGGUGGAAUCUCCUGCGGCGCUCCUGAGAAGCGCCCACGCCUCCCUGGUGAACCUCGGCGCCUUCGCCUUCGCCCAGCCCCGAGCGUUCAUGACGGCGGGGGCCUUCUCCCCGGUGAGGAGCCCGUCUCCCACCGAGUCCCCGGUGCUCCAGGAGCUGGCGGUGGCGGAGCUCCACUCCUCCGCCGCCAGCUCCCCCACCCUCCCGCCGUUCCCCCCGCCUCACAGGAUCUUCCCCACGCGGGUGCUCCAGUCGCCGCUCCAGGCUUCCUCCCCCACGCCCAGCAGCUCCACCCACAGCUCCACCCCCAGCCCCACCCAGAACCCCGCGGCCUUCCUGAGCUCCGUGCUGCCGUCGCUGAGCCCGAGUCAGCCCACCAACUCCAUGGGCCUGCCCCGCGGCGCCCCCUCAGGGUACGCCCUCGCCCUCGCCGGGCGCCGCGAAUACAAUGUUUCAUACACGUCUCCCUCCCGUCUCCUCAGGUUGAAGAAGAACGUCCCAAAGGUCCGCCUCCCGUCGAUGGAAGACAUUCGAGAAAGCAAAGAAGUUCUGCUCCACGACAUCGAGAGGAAGCUCCGCCUUCACGCCGCCACUCCGCAGCAGAAGCUGAGUCACCAGGGGCCCACGGCGGCCCUCGGACCCAACAUUCCUGCUCCUGUCAUUACCUACGACGAGACGUACAAAGUGUCCAACUUCGAGCAGCGGCUGAUGAGCGAGAUCGAGUUCCGCCUGGAGCGCACGCCGGUGGACGAGUCUGACGACGAGGUGCAGCACGACGACGUGCCCACGGGGAGGUGCAUCGCGCCCGUCUUCAGCCGGAAGCUCAGGAACUUCCGGGCCGUGGAGGGCGUGCCCGUCACCUUCUCCUGCCGAGUGCUGGGCAUCCCGUCUCCCAAGGUUUACUGGUUCAAGGACGGCAAGCAGAUCGUGAGGAAGAAGACCCACUACAGGAAGAUCAGGGAGGCGGACGGGACCUGCGCCCUGCACAUCGAGGCCACGGCCAGCGACGACGACGGCAACUACACCGUCAUGGCGGCCAACCCUCAGGGCCGGAUCAGCUGCUCGGGUCACCUGCUGGUCCAAACCGGACCUCCCCGGAACCGAGCGACGCCCAUUCAGUGUCAGAGGGUGCGAACACGCAUACAGGAAGUGGAAAGCGAGCAAACCCAGGAGCAGUUCUUCCGGCCUCACUUCCUGCAGGCGCCGGGCGACACGCUGGCUCACGAAGGGAGGCUCUGCAGACUGGACUGUAAGGUGAGCGGCCUCCCCAACCCGGAGCUCAUGUGGCUGGUCAACGGGACGCCCAUCUACCCGGACCACGGCCACAAGAUGCUGGUGCGGGAGAACGGCGUCCACUCGCUGGUCAUCGACCCGCUGGCGCAGAGCGACGCCGGCGCCUACACGUGCAUCGCCAGCAACAAGGCGGGCCAGAGCUCCUUCUGCCUGCAGCUGCAGGUCGUGGUGCACGUGGUGACCGCCCGCCCCAUCUUCUGGAAGAAAGACAAUGACACCAUCCCUAGAGCCAGAGACAGAACCAGCUGGACCCAGGACGCCAGCGGCUACGUGUGUCUCCUCAUCCAGCCGACCUCAAAGGACGACGGCGGCUGGUACACGGUGUCGGCGAAGAACGAGGCGGGCGUGGCGUCGUGCACCUGCAGGCUGGAUAUCUACGCCCAGUGGCACCAGAGCAUCCCGGCGCCCAUGAAGGCGGCUCCGCGGGCGCCGGGCAGCCGCUACGCCGCGCUGACGGGCCAGGGCCUCGACGUCAAGUCGGCGUUCCCCUCGUCGGAGAACGGCCCCUUCCUGUUCGCCAGCUGCCCGCCGGAGGCCUCGCUGGAGAGCGAGGAGCUGUGA